ACUCGGCGAUUCCCUACUUAGUCUUUUAGCUGACGACCACACCCGACUUCUUUGUAUCGCCAGGUCCAAGUAACUCCUCCAAUAGUCUGCUCGGCGGAGGAGCAAGGACCCCAUAAGGCGCCAUUGGUUGCAAGAAAGCAACUCCGGGUUGAGUGAAUCGAAUUCACAAUGGGCUGGUUUGACGGGAUAGCCCCGUCUUCUACCUCAUCUCACAAACAUGAGUCUCGUCGACGCUCCUCUUCCUCCCGGCGUUCUAAAUAUUCAUCCUAUAAUGCCCGCCAUUCCGCGCCCUCAGUCUUCAGCCUAGGCAGUGGUGUCAAUCGCGCAGGACGAUCCAGCCCGUCGGUAUUCUCCUCUUCAUCUUCGCGGCGCGCGCGACCACGCGAAGGGUUUGUCGCACGGAUCAUUCACAUCAUUCGACGCAUAUUUCGCGAUGCCUGGAACUAUGCACGCGAUCAUCCUAUCAAGGUUUUGAUGCUACUUGUGAUUCCCCUCCUCACAACUGGCGUCGUGCAGAAGCUACUAGGCAUGAUCGGUAUUCGUUUACCAAAGAACCUCACGGGCGGAUCCGGGGCACGACCUGGCGGGUUCGGCUUUUCCGACAAUAUUACCGGUCUGAUGAAUAUCGCAAAGAUGUUCAUGUAGCUCGUACGCAUGGAGCUUCUGCCUUUUCGAUAUGGACACCUGGUGUGUCUAUGAAACCAAACGUGUACACUCCACCUACGAUUUCGCUUUUGAGAAAGAUAUGGUGGGCUUUGGACAUUGAGCGAUGACUGGAUAUGACUACGAAAAUGAUGACCCCUUGUUUGAUUCGUCUUUGUUCUUUUGGACUUUCGGACUUGCGCGAAUAAAUUCGAGUAAUUCCCUUGCUAGCAUCCGCGGCUAUUCUGCCAUUAUAAGGUAGCCGUUGCGUGAGAAACUGCCGAAUCUGGUGCAAUGCUAUAGGAAUAGGACCUUUUAUCAACA